AUGGACCGCAUUCGAGAAUACCUGGGCAAGUCCAGCAAGCCCGAUCGCGAAGAAUAUGAGCCCUUAGCAGAGGAAGGUCGCGAGCUCGAGGGCUCUGCGUUGUUGGAGGGUCAAGAAGAGGUGCCCUUCUCAUGGACAGAGUACUUGAUGUUCGCCUGGCUGGGUAUGGCGAUGUUGUGGGCAUGGAACAUGUUUCUCGCCGCCGCUCCCUACUUCCAGGUCCGCUUUCAGUCCGACGUUUGGAUCCAACAGAACUUCCAGUCUGCGAUCCUCACCGUAUCGACCUUGACCAACCUCACCGCGAUGCUCAUUCUCACGAACAUCCAAUAUACCGCCUCAUACCCCUUCCGUAUCAACCUCGCCCUGGUCCUCAACACGGGAAUCUUCUCCCUUCUUACGGCCUCCACGUCGAUGUUCCUCGACGUCACCCCGGGCGCCUACCUCGCCUUCAUCCUCUUCAUGGUAGCGUCCAGCUCCUGGGCCACAGGCCUCAUCCAAAACGGCGCCUUCGCUUUCGCUGCCUCCUUCAACCGUCCGGAGUACAUGCAGGCCCUCAUGGCCGGCCAAGGUGUUGCAGGCGUGCUGCCCCCGAUCGCGCAAGUCAUAACCGUCCUUGCGGUACCAGAAAAGGACAGCGCCAACGAGACAGACGCGAUCCAGGCGUCCAGCUCCUCGGCCUUUGUCUACUUUCUCGCCGCCGUGGCCGUCUCAGUCUCUGCCCUCGUUGCCUUCGUCCCCCUCGUCCGCCGCCACAACCACAUCAUCGAAGCCCGCAUGGUCGAAAACAUGGCCGAGUCCCUCAACUCCGUGCAGGAAGCCGAGCGCGCCGCCCGCAAGGUCGUCUCCCCCUUCCAGCUGCUCAAGAAGCUCCACUGGCUUGCCGGCGCAAUCUUCAUGUGCUUCUCCGUCGCAAUGUUCUUCCCUGUCUUCACGGGCAAGAUUCUCUCCGUUAGGUACCCGGGCGACGAGAAGUCCCCCGCGGGCGCUCUUUUCCGUCCGGCCGCCUUCAUUCCCCUCGCCUUCUUCGCAUGGAACUUGGGAGAUCUCUCCGGACGCAUGGCCACCAUCCUACCAUUCUCCCUGCGCCAUCGCCCCGCGGCCCUCUUUGGCGUGAGUCUCGCCCGCCUAGGGUUUCUGCCACUGUACCUCCUCUGCAACAUUGGCGGCCGUGGUGCGGUGAUCAGCAGCGACUUCUUCUACCUCGUCGUCGUUCAGUUCUUCUUCGGUCUGACCAACGGCUGGCUCGGCUCGAGCUGCAUGAUGGCGGCCGGCGAAUGGGUCGAGGACGGCGAGCGCGAGGCCACGGGAGGAUUCAUGGGAUUAUGUCUGGUGGCUGGCCUGACGACGGGCAGUCUCCUCAGCUUCUCGGCGGCUGGCAUUUAG